UUCAUUUCCUCCUACGGUGGAUGCGGACGCCGGGAGUGGGAGAGCCCCAGAUCGCCGAGCGCGGAGCACGGAGCGCAGAGAGCACGUAGCGACUCCGAAGAUCAGCCCCAAUGAACAUGUCAGGGUUGACGUUACAAGAAUAUGAAUUCGAAAAGCAGUUCAACGAGAACGAAGCCAUCCAAUGGAUGCAGGAAAACUGGAAGAAAUCGUUCCUGUUUUCCGCGCUGUAUGCUGCCUUUAUCUUCGGUGGUCGUCACCUGAUGAACAAGCGGGCCAAGUUUGAGCUGAGGAAGCCGCUCGUGCUCUGGUCUCUGACCCUAGCUGUCUUCAGUAUAUUCGGUGCUCUUCGAACUGGUGCUUAUAUGGUGUACAUUUUGAUGACCAAAGGCCUGAAGCAGUCAGUUUGUGACCAGAGUUUUUACUAUGGACCCGUCAGCAAGUUCUGGGCUUACGCCUUUGUGCUGAGCAAAGCACCUGAACUAGGAGACACGAUAUUCAUUGUCCUGAGAAAGCAAAAGCUGAUCUUCCUGCACUGGUACCACCACAUCACUGUGCUCCUGUACUCCUGGUACUCGUACAAGGACAUGGUCGCCGGGGGCGGCUGGUUCAUGACCAUGAACUACAGCGUGCACGCCCUCAUGUACUCCUACUAUGCCUUGCGGGCCGCGGGCUUCCGAGUGUCCAGGAAGUUUGCCAUGUUCAUCACCCUGUCCCAGAUCACACAGAUGCUUGUGGGCUGCAUCAUCAACUACCUGGUCUUCUCCUGGAUGCAGCAGGACCAGUGUCACUCUCACUUCCAGAACAUCUUCUGGUCCUCCCUCAUGUACCUCAGCUACCUUCUGCUCUUCUGCCACUUCUUCUUUGAGGCCUACAUCUGCAAGACGAGGAAAACAACGAAGGCUGAAUAACGUUGGGACUGAGGAGGAAGCCACAGCUCAGGGUCAUCAAGAAAAAUAAUAGACAAAAGAAAAUGGCACAAGGAAUCACAUAUGGUGCAGCUAAAACAAAACAAAACAUAGGAGCAAACACAAAACCCAAGGCAGCUUAGGGAUAACUAAGUUGACUUAACCCAGUAAGUUUAUGAUCCUUUUUGGGUGAGGACUCACUGAGGGCACCUCCUUCUGAAAGGACUGCUGCUGGAAGAACCCUCCCACCCCUUGCCCUCAUCAGCUGUCAACUCUAGGACAAAUGAGAACAAAGUGAGCCAGAGGCAGAGAGAGAAACCAGAAGGCAAACGAAAGCUAUUAACACUACACGAGAAAACGUACUUACUAAGUGUUAUAUUUCUCUAAGGAUCAAAGAAGUUUACUUAAACUGUGCAAGCACAUACACACACUCAAUCCUUUCUAAUCUCUUUCGACACUAAACUGGAGCCAACAGAAAAGAAAAAUGGAAGACAUACAGGGUGUUUAGCUAGAACAAGGAUGCGUUUGCAAGUUAAAGCCUUUUUAGUGAAGGGUAAUUAACACUUGUCCCCCGUGAGAAAAAAUGUCAGUCAGAUUAGGAGGUGAGUUGGCCAAAACCAAACGGGGUUCACUGUUUUUCCAGGGUUCUUCCUGGGAGGACGGACACUAUGCAUCCCAGUUCCUGAAGGGACAGUCCAUCUCAGAGCCUGUCUGGUAGCUUACCUAGGACAUCUUCUCUUAAGUGAGUAGAAGUGAAGCAUUCUCCUUGGUUCAGUCACCCCGGGCUUUGGAACAGAAGGGAAAAAAGAUAAACCUCAACCAAAUGAUUGGAAAAUGGGUUCUGUGUUACCAGAGAAAGAGGGUCAGCCGAAUCCCUUGAACUGAGAGAAGAAAGUGAACCCCAGACCUGUCUCCUAGACAGACCACAUGUAUGUCCCUCCCCGUCUGACUUCACACCCGCUCAUAACUUUCCGAUUACAACCCUGUGGAACAGUCCAUAUUUUCUCUAUUUUUGUGACUUUCAAACAGAAACCUGCAGGGCUCUUUCUGACUUUGGGUGAACACUGUGUAUCUGCAUCACCGGCAUCUGCUCCCUGAGCGAUGUAGGGGUGUUUAAAGUGCCCUCUGCUGGUCAAGUGGAGAUACUGCGACAAACCCUUCAAGGCAAGAUUGGUGAACCGUUAACCCAGCCCCCACCCUCCACCCCCACCCCGAUUUAAUCCUCCAAAUUCUUAAGAGAUUCAAAACCCUCCUCCUGUUAUUGGCCAAAUCAGAAGGCAUCCCUCCUGCUUAGAGUCAGCUUCAGAAAAUUUUUUUUAACGUAACUCUCACUUGGAACGCAGAAAAUCAAUGUAUUAAGAGCCAUAUUCUUUAAAAAGAGAGAGCUAGAUAAUAUAAUAUUUCCUGUAAUAUUUCAGUCCUUUACAAGCCAAAUAAAUGUGUAAACAUUCCUAGUAUUUCAAAGAAGCAAUUACGUACAGUCAUUCAAUGUGAUAUAAUAGUAUUCUAAUCGGUUAAGUAGCUUCAUGAUUAGACAGACGAGUGAAAGUUUAGGGGCUGCUGUACCCCAGCUAGCACACACACACGGCCACACGUAUAUGCACACAGAUGUGGGAACACUGGCCUUCAAAGCCCAAACACAGAGAAACACAUUUUCUAGCUAGCAGAAGAAAAGAAAAAAAAAAAAACUGUUGUUAUCUUUCUUGCUUUAUUUUGAGAGUGUACAGAAAAGGGAUUUUUUCGAAUUAUUUUUAUAUUAUUUUAGCUUUAAUUGUGCUAUCAUUCAUGAAACAGCCGCUCUGCUUCUCUGUUGGAGAUGACAAGGGCUUUCUCAGCAUCUGGUUUAUGUGUGAAAUUGAAAAGAAUAAAGUUUUAUUCCAUUCU